GGGGGGGGUCCUUCCACUUCCGCGUCCGCCAUUUUGUCUCCCUCCCUCCCAAGCAGAGGGGGGGCGGUUAAAAGCAGCUAACCCCAGCGACCCUGGCCCCCCCCCCCCGCCCGGGACGCCCACGCUGGCGCCGCCGGGGGCCGCCUCCGCCUCCCAAGGCUUUCUGAAAAUAUUUGUUCCCAUGUAUAAAGAUGUCGUUAGUGGACCUCGGAAAGAGGUUGCUAGAAGCAGCUCGCAAAGGGCAAGAUGAUGAAGUUAGAACAUUAAUGGCAAAUGGUGCCCCUUUCACCACUGACUGGCUCGGGACAUCACCUCUUCACCUUGCGGCCCAGUAUGGCCAUUAUUCGACAGCGGAAGUGCUGCUUCGAGCAGGUGUUAGCAGAGAUGCUCGAACCAAAGUGGACAGGACACCAUUGCAUAUGGCUGCAGCUGAUGGACAUACACAUAUUGUAGAACUGCUGAUUAGGAAUGGUGCUGAUGUAAAUGCCAAGGACAUGUUAAAGAUGACUGCCUUGCACUGGGCAACAGAGCACAACCAUCGCGAUGUUGUAGAGUUGCUUAUAAAGUAUGGAGCUGAUGUUCACGCUUUCAGCAAAUUUGAUAAAUCAGCCUUUGAUAUAGCCCUGGACAAGAACAAUGCAGAGACUCUGGUAAUGCUGCAGGAGGCAAUGCAGAAUCAGGUGAACAUGAAUCCAGAGAGAUCAAAUCCUGUCACAAAUACAGUGACUGUUGCCUCACCAUUUAUCCUUGCAUCAGGGGACGUUCUCAAUCUUGCUAGUUUUGUUUCUUCAGCAAACACCAAAACAACCUCAGGUGAUUCCCGUGUCUCUACAGUGCAGUUUUCAAACUCAACAACCUCUGUGCUUGCCACGCUUGCAGCCCUCGCUGAAGCAUCUGCUCCCCUUUCCAAUUCAAACAGAUCUACAACUAACACAGAGGAAAUAGUGGAAGCAAAUUCUGUAGAUUCUGCAAUACAGCAGGUGGUUGGUAGUGGAGGCCAACGAGUCAUUACGAUAGUAACAGAUGGCGUUCCACUGGGCAGUCUCCAAACAGCCAUUCCUACUAGUGGUAUCAGCCAGCCGUUUUUAGUGACCAUGCAAGAUGGACAGCAAGUUCUAACUGUACCUGCUGGUCAGGUUGCAGAAGAGACUGUUAUUGAAGAAGAAGAAGAAGAUGAUGAUGUAGAAGAGGAAGAACAUCCACCAGUGAAGAAGCAAAAAGUUGACCCAAAUGUAAAUGAUUUGGAGGAAAACCAGACCCAUAGAGUAAAGAAGUUACCUCUGUGUUGCCAGUUGCAGGCUUGGAGAUUGUAUUUUAAAGUGAGAGACGUGUAUCAAAUGCAGAACUGUCUGUCUUUUCUGGUACAGGACUGAAGCAAAAUUAUUGGAAGUGCUAUGAUUAACUGUGGGAACUAUUGUUUAUGGUAUGGUAGUCUUAAUAAAUGAUCAUGAGUAAAGCAAUUUAAAUUGAGGAAAAACUUCACAAGAAUGUAGUCUGACCAGUUUGCUGCAGAGUUUAGAAAGUAUUAAAUCACUUCUAUCUUGAAAAACUGACAUGCCACAGAAACUGAUACUGCUUUCUUGACAAGUUUUGAAAAAUCUGUCUUCCCUUUUCAAGGCAAGUAUCGUUAAAUUCAUGGCUUCAGUUUGCAUAAUGCAGUCUCUCCUGCUUAAGUUCUGCUGUUUGUAAGGAUUGGCCGUAUUCAUGGUGGUAGUUCAAUUUCAUGGUUGCAAAGGUCUGUCUUGUAUUGUUUUUUCCCUUAUUUCCAGCAGUAUGUGUCCAGAUAAUGUGGUUUUGUGUUGAUACAGAUACCUCUUUCAUUACAUUUUAUUUGUAGCAGACAUGCCCAUGUUAGGAUAUUUGAGAUGAAUGGUGCAGACUUUUUUUAGUCUACAAAGAUAUUAACUUCUGGAGUACUGAACUGUAAUCCUGGGCAUGGUCAUAAGUGAAAAUGAAUUGGCCUCUGUGUAGGGGAGAUUGGUUCACAUCAGAAACGCAUAGCUCAAGUUCAUAGGAUAGUGAUUGCUCAAGAAUGGUUUCAACUUGAUCACAGUGACAUUGCAGGUCAUGUCUUGGGAGGAGCUGUGGAGGCCUAUUUGAAUCAGGUUUUGCUCUGUGUAGUACUGUUAGUCUCUCGCAUUAAUGAGCAUGAGAUUGGCAUACAUUUAAAAAAAUGUGUAACUUCAGCCUGUCUUAGCAGCUUGAAUCCUAUAAUGAUCUAUUCUAAAGCAGUUGCAUCCAAACAUUUGAUCCAUUUCCUGUUCAAAAUGAAUUGCCUCUGCUCACUCGAGAAAUGUGAGGUGCUUCAAUCUUUCACAUAAAUUAUUUUUGACCAUUCAUUUUGGCUUAAAACUUCUCCAUCUAUAUAUAUUGUACCAAAUUCUACCAUUACACCCAUGCAUCCUCAUUGUCUCCUCUUGGAUUGAAUGGUUGAAAUAGAGCAGAAUUUGGUGUAUACAUCCACACUGCAGAGUAUAUGUGUAAGUUGUAUUUAUUCUGUACAUACGCUUACAGUGCAAAGCUUCUUUUAGAUAGUGCAGAUAGUACACUGUGCCUUUAGAAAUGAAGGAAGAAGAACUAUCCAUGGUAAUGAUGGACUAAUAUAAAUCAAAUAGUUUUAAUUUGGUAGUCUUAUUAGAAAAAUGACUACUUCUGAACAGAGAUGUUUCCUGAUUAGGAGAUGAGCAUUGUUUAGUUUUCAUUUGAAAGAAAGAAUUAUAGAAGCUAGGUCUCUUCCAACCCUGUUUGGUUACGAGUCCAUAUCCCUUUCAAUACAGAGCUACUAUAUUUUCUGACAGGUUUCAGAAUAGCAGCCAUGUUAGUCUGUAUUCGCAAAAAGAAAAGGAGUACUUGUGGCACCUUAGAGACUAGCAAAUUUAUUUGAGCAUAAG